CAGCGGUACCAGAUGGAUGUGUGGAGCCGUGUGGAGCUCAGCGGAACUACAUCCAUCUGGUGAGAGUCUGGUUACCAAAUAUGUGCUGCAAAUGUUACAUUUUUUAAAUUUAUUUUUAUUUUGUCUUACCUGAAAGUCCUGGUCUGACUUUUUGCAAAAUCAUUUCACAGACAGUGGCCUUCCGUGUGGAGCAAACGUGUCGUGUGGGGUCUGGGGGCCAUUUGGGACCCCCCAACUGCAUUUCAAGAAAGACUUGGUCCACCAGCAUAGAUGGCUGAUGCAAACAGAAACUAUUUUUAUUAAAGGGCAAAGUUAUUACAGACAGGCGCAGGUUUGAAACGUGACGAGGCAGUAAAUUGCCCUGCUCAUACCGAAUCCCUCCUGAGGUCCGAGUAGGAGCUGUGUUUGCACAAUGCAAUGGUGCAUGCCAGUUAUUCAAGAUCCAGUCUGAAUACUGGUUCAGUCAGCUGCAGGGUUUUCACUUUUCAGCCUGAACAAACCUCUGAGGCACAGCUGCGAGCAGCCAUGGCCGACAGGACCCAGGAUGAGAAGGUUCUGCAGCGGAUUGAGAGGGAGGUGCGAAUGCAGGAAGGGGCCUAUAAACUGCUGGCUGCUUGUUCCCAGAGAGAUCAGGCCCUGGAAGCCUCCAAGAGUCUGUUAACCUGCAACACUCGCAUCCUGGCUCUGCUCAGCCAACUGCAGAGGAUCAGGAAAGCACAAAUCCUAGAGAGAGCGGGACACAGCAGAAUGGCAGAAGAUGCAGUGCCGUGUACUGGGAAGGUAUCUAUUUCCAACCUGCGAAUCCCCCUCAUGUGGAAGGACUCAGAGUACUUUAAGAACAAAGGAGAGCUGCAUCGCUGUGCUGUGUUCUGCCUGCUUCAGUGCGGCACAGAGAUCCAUGACACUGUUUUGGUGAUGGUGGACAGGACGUUGACAGACAUCUGUUUUGAAGACACAAUCAUAUUCAACAAGGUGGAUCCAGGUUUUCAAAUCCGCACUGAGCUGUACAGCUGCUCCUUGGUCGAGGAUUUCUCUCCGCCAGCUCCAGCUCCCAGGAGAAUGGGCUUUCUUGGAGGCUCCUUGGGAUGCUCCUCUGGAAAAAAGAUCCGAGCUGCAUUGGAGUCUGCAGCAGCAUGCAGCUACGUUUCCUCUGAUGGAGGGAACUCAACACUGGGACAUGUUCCAUCUCAUUCACUUCACCAGUCAGCGCUGGGGCCAAAGUUUCACCUGUUGGCUCACACAACACUGAGCAUUGAACAUGUCCGAGAGGGUUUCAAGACACAUGAUUUGGUGCUUUCAGCAACAGAGGAUAGUCCAUUCUGGUUGCCUCUGUAUGGAAAUAUGUGCUGUCGCUUAGUUGCUCAGCCUCAAUGUAUGAUUCAGUCAGCGAUAAGCGGCCGACUCGAAGUCAAGCUUGAGGAGGACGUAGAUCAUUGGGAAAACUUCUAUUGCAUUCUCAUGGGCCGAUCUCUUCUCUGUUAUCGAAGUCAAGAAGACCUGGAGCCUCAGGGGGAGCCAUCGCUCGUCAUCCCCAUUACAAAGGAUACCAGAGUGUGCAUAUCUGAAAGUGAUCAUGUGCAGCGGAUCAUCAUUAGCAUCCAGUCUCGACCAGAAAACGUGACCUACACUGCCACCACAAACAGUACCGAAGACUUGCAACACUGGAACAAGGCCCUCUGUCAACAUGUCUAUAACCUGAGCCUGUGGAAACAAUGUUCUGAUGAAGUGAUGAAGAUUGGAAUGCAGAGGCCCAGGAAAACCAACCCGACGAAGCCGGGAUCUCUUUAUCAUGAAAUAGCUAUUAAUCAUCUUGACCGAGAGACAGCGGAUAGCAGACAAUUACACCUAUUCUUCCUGCCUGUGGUUUUUAAAUCUUGUCGAAAUGGACAAGAAGAUGAUAAAUGCUGCUUGCGCAAAUUCUUUAAAGACACUAUGCUUGUUUUAUUGUUCUUACUGUUUGUGUUCUCCUUACACACAAAUCUAGAACCUCACUGAAUGAAGGAAAAACAUUUGAAGUGUUAGCUUGCAAUUAAAAUGUAAACAGAAACACUGUAAUUUCGGAAAUUAUAACCUUCCUCUGAAUAUUUUAACAUUGUGUGAUUUUGAAAUAAAAAAAUGUACUAGAAAAACUACGUCUGUACAUCUAAAAUGUCAUUUGGCUUUUACAUUUUUCUUGUAAGAAAUGUUCCAAUUAAGACAAAUUUAUCUGUCAGCUUGUACCUUUUAGCUUUCAGACUUUCAUACGGAAACCAAAUAAAUAGUCUGGCUUCGUCAAGGCUAAUUCACAAGACAAACAUUUUUACAGUAAGCUGACAGCGCCCCACCCAUUGGCAGACACAGCAUAGUAGCUGUAUUGUUGGCUGCUUGUUGAUGCAUUGUGUUUAUACUGUAUGCUUGUGCAAUCUUGGAAUAUUGUUAACGUGUGACGUUGAAAAAAAAAUCCUGUAAGUCUAUGCCCAAUAAAACAAUUACCGUACCCUAAAAGUCACACAAGAUUGCUAGUAUUAUCAUCUAUUCCACACAUACAAAUCAAAACAAAGUCCACAAAUCACAUUAUAUGCAACAAUAGGACCAUUCAAAGGUCUGAAAAGUGCCAAAGGCAAUAACUAACAUUUGUAGUUUUAAUUUAAAAUGACCAAAUCUAGGCACCAGCUGAUCAUCAGGUAACAUUUGCCAAAAGUUCUUUGUCAAUUAUUGUUUUGUGAACACCUGCCAGGUGAGGUGUGCGGUAGUACUGAAAAAUAGGAGUGAAUUCACGCACUGGCACUUUAAACCAAGCCCUAAACACACAUACAAAAAAAAAACAGGGUUAGUAUUUCCAAAAUACAAUAAUUUUUCAACAAAUUACUUGUAUUUCCAUUUAAUUUUCUUUGGUCAACAAAAUCUUUAAUUAAGCCAGUAAUCUUCAAGUAAACUGAAAAGUACAAGCAAAACUGAUAAACCGUGGAAAAAGGAACAGAUGAUAAAACUAAAACCGAUAACUAAUAAAAUGAUGCAUUGAUAUCACAGAUCAGUGUGAUUAUGUUUGUUUAAGAACCAUGGUUUGUUUUGAGGAAUUUGAAAUGAAGUAAAAUUAUCUUUCAAGCUAAUUAAGAAUAAGUACGGGUUUGUGUUAGAACAUCUAGUUUGCUAUGCAAAAGAAGAAGGGAAAAUACUAUAUUAUUUUGAUAAAAUUAUGUUUUAUUAAUCAUUUGUCAAAUUGGAGAUCAAUAAGUAUUUGGACAAUUGAUUUUUAAUAUUCUGUUGAUUAGCGUUAGAGUUGACAUUACCAAGAUGGCGGCAAAAAACUUGUUAUGGACUCUUACAAGAUGGCCCUCUUGACAGCAGUUGGGAAGAUGUCAAUGCAGUUUAGUGAAAUUAAAUAAAGAGAAAACAGAAGU